AUGGCACAGGCUCCCUGUGCUCAAUACCGCCUCAAAGUGACAGCAGGCACCGAAAAUGAUUCUGCCACUCACCAGGAAGUUGAAGUUAAUGGGCAAACCAACACUUUAGUAGGUGACUGGAGUACUGCUAACGUUGCUGUCCGUGUCCAGAAUUAUCAUGGAUCUCCAUCUUCAUCCCCUCGGACCAGUACCUACUUUAAUCACCCUCUUCAUCGAGAUGACUUGAUCUCAAUUUCCUUCUCCAUUGUCUUCCAUCACGACAUCAAUGGCAGUGACCUAGUUUUCGGUAAUGACUUCGACUAUCCAAUUCGCCACAAACUCCCCAAUGCAUUCAAGGUCAUGGAAAUGGUGGUCAAGAAACACAUUGACCCAUCCAUCGAGAUCGAUGCAUAUAGUGACACCCCUUCAAUCUUCAGCCCUGUUCUCGCAAGCGCUUCCCAAUUUCGCAUCAGCUUCGAAGAUCCACCUGAGAACUGCAGACUACACCACCACGACAUCGUCUUAGAAGGGUUCGAUACCAGAGGCGGCCAGGAGAUUUUCAAGAGGCAUGGUAUACCAGGCACAGCAAAGGAUCGCCGUGCGCAUUUCCAGAACCAAGAGAAUCGGGAAAGGUUCUGCUUUUUCAGAGGCGUCCAGUACUGUGCUGACUUUUCGAAUGCUUAUUUGAACGUCACUGACCUUUGUCUGAACUUGCCCGGGUACCCAUGGCCUGUCCACCACUUGGUGGACAGUGAGACCCACGAGCUCAGAUAUACCCUGAAAGACAAGUUAACUGGGCAAAUAUUUUUGGUUGUGUUGUUCUCGCUCGACCUUAACGAGGCCGAGGCUAGUAAUUUUGAGGGUGAGCUGAAGGAGGACACUGAGCAGUGGAAGAGGACGAUGCGUGGAUGGCUAAUGUAG